AUGCAGUCAUCAAACCUCGGGCUCGAUUUCCCACGCCUUCCAAUCCCUCAAAGCCGGGCUCCCUACCAACGAGCUUUGGCACCUCUGCUGCAGCUUCCCGCCAAGGGGGGAAUGGACGUUUCGACCCUCCUGAAUAGGAGAAAUCAUCCUGAAGGCAGCGACGAGCUGAGCCGAUUUCAGCAGUCGCUACAGAUGGACGGCGAAGCGUCAUAUGGUAUGGACCAAGGGCCAACUCUGGCUCACCACUCGCAAUCAAUCCAACAGUCUCAUGUGCUGCCAUAUAAUAUGAUGGCGGCCCCCCAGCAUAGCCCUCAACUGUACGCUCCGAGCAGCUGCAUGCCGGGGCAUGACAGCCAGACCACGGGUUCGGACGGGAACCUGGCGCCUGUUAAAGUAAAGAACGAGACAGCCACCAAGUCGUUUCCUUGCGGCACCUGCUCGAAAGGGUUUGCGCGACGCAGUGACCUUGCCAGGCACGAACGCAUUCAUAGCGGCGACAGGCCCCAUGUUUGCGAUCACCCAAAUUGCAACAAGUCAUUUAUACAACGGUCUGCCUUGACUGUGCAUCUCAGGGUCCACACAGGAGAGAAACCCCACUUGUGUGGGAACUGUGGAAAACCAUUUUCUGACUCCAGCUCUCUUGCACGGCACCGACGCACUCACUCGGGAAAGCGUCCCUACAAGUGUGAAUAUGCAAACUGUCAGAAGACCUUCACAAGACGGACGACCCUGACCAGGCAUCAGAAUUCUCACACGGGCACACUGGAGGAAGCAGCCGCAGAGGUCAAUGCGAAGUUGGCACCGGCGCUGCCUCAGAGUCAGUCCGUCUACGGGUCUACUUCAGCAGGCUCCUCGAGAAACUCAACAGCUUCGCCCGCAGAUAGAACCUUGUCAAUUUCACCCAAUUCAGAGCUUCCGCCUAUCGCCAUUGGCAUCCAGCGUCAGGGUUCAGACUAUGGAUUCUUGCCCCAAACUCAUUCCCUGCCCCCUCACAUGCGGUCUGACUUUGGGCAGAACUCCCCUCGCUCGACACCACCGUUGACUACCCAUUCUCUCCAGAACUAUACAAGUGCACCGCAGCAAAGACCUACCACAUCCCAUCCACCAGCAUAUGGUCCCCCUCAACCUCUAGAGCCUCCGGCCAAUGGCACCGCUAGCGGCAGUGCAUCUCCCCACUUGGGCGCUCUUGUAUGGGGUUCGCCGGGUAGUGGAACGUUGCCAACACCAUCCCCUCUGGACAACUAUGGCUAUCCGGAUCCUGCCUACGGCGGUCAUUCGCUCUAUUAUCCCGGAAGCGCCAUUCGGAGACCACAGAGUACUGAGCCAGAGGACUAUGGUCUUCGCCCUCGUCACGGUCACAUGUCCCACCCCGUUGCGAUACCCGGUGACUGGACUUCCAUGCCAUUGGCUCUCCAGGACAACCGACAGGAACGAUAUGUCAUGUAG